AUGCCAGAAGAAAAAACAUCUCAUCGUUUUCUACUAGAGACAUGCUCGCAGCAACUCCACCGCGAGGAGGCCAUACGUCGCCGACGUGAAUUACUGGAGAGAGAGUCCACAAAGCCUCCUGUAAUGCACUUUGGCAGCACAUCCUCUCUUCACCGCUCCACUACGCCUACGCCUACCCCUACGAGCAGCAAUAAUACCAAUCACUAUCCCAACAAGAAGGUAAAGUCUGUUUCUCCAGUGCCACGCCCUGUGCCCACGCCCAGCUCCAACCGCCCAGUGAGAAGAUCCCGCUCCGCCCCACCAUCGGCCGCAGCGUCUACUGUUCGAUCACGCCCGCACAGCCGCGAGUCAAGCCGCCGUCUCCCGCUUCCACCAGGCGCAAAAAUCACAACACGUCUGAUCUCAAUACCACGAGCCAAGUCCUACCGCCCAUCACCCGCCACAUCUCGAGUCGCCUCACCAGCUCCACCGGUACAAGGAACAGAGACUAAUGGGGCAAAAGGACCACAGAAACGAUCACGUUCAGGUUCCAUCUCAAGGGCAAACUCCAGGUCAAAACAAAGACGUUUCUCUCUUCCACAAAAGAGUGAUUCCAUUCCUAAUGAGAAAAAAGCACCUUUUAUGUCCAGUCAGUCUCCUACGAGAAAUGCUUCACCGUUUAAGCAACCUACAUCGCGUACACCAACACCUCCACCACCGAUAUCACGGUCUGUACAGGAGCAGAGCGGAAACAAUGUUCAUAUUCCAGUAAUUGUUUUGGCACCUGUAUUGCGUGCAGAAGAACGAAGUGAAUCUUUACACCCUGUUAGUCCUUUUGCAUUACCUAGCACAGCAGAACGGAAAAUAAAGGAAGGAAAAAUAGAACCAGAGGAGUCGCAACAUAACCAAGAACAAGAAGAACAGGAAGAGGAGGAGGAGUUGACGACGUUUCGUAUUAGCGAAUUUCGCAUGCCUCGAACUCCACAGCGUCGUUCUAGCCUUACCGCAAACUCUCUUCCGCAAAUAACAACAAGUACUGGAAAAUAUUCUCAAGAGCGGCAAAGAACUGAAGAGGAAGAAAAAGAAGAAGCUAAUCAAUCUUCUUGUGUGAAGGAUGUAAGCGUUAUGUCCCACACAGUUGAGGAGGAAGCGAAGCGACUUGACUCUGUCGAAGAUGAAUAUGUUCGUUUAAGCACUAAUCUUGAUGAUGAAGAAGCCAUGCUAUCUCAUGAAAAGGGAAAGGAGACCGAAUGCAAUGUUAAUGAAUGUGAAAAUGAAGAAGUUGAUAAAAGUUUACCAGUCUUAGCUGAGAAUUGUGGUGCCCAGUUUUCAUCACCUCCUGCAGGGACCCUAAUGACGGCUGAUGUGAUUGGUACAGCAGAACAAGAAGAGACUGCGGUAUCGGCAUACAGCUCUCACGCGUACGAAUGCAGUUCUACCACUACUGAGUCGCCACAAAAGGAAAUUGAGGCAAUCGGAGGACGUCAACUUUUAUUUGAUGCUGAAGAAGAAACUCCAAGUGAUGAUAAAAAAGAUGAAGAAGAGGAAGAAGAAGAAAAAGAAGAAGAAACGAAGGAGGAAGAAGUGAAAAUUCAUCUUCAGAAACUUGUGGCAUAUGAAUGUGUUGAACCUACUGUUUUAACUAAUAUAGAAAGCUGUGCGACAUCACAAAACACAUUCAAAGAUUGUAUUAGCGCCCCUUCUUCUUCCCCUGCGCUGCAGUUACCAGAUGCAUACCGACAGCUUGAGGCAACAAGGCGUGAGAUGGCAACAUCUUCUGUAUACCAGCGAGAGUCUCUAGCAGCAGCGGCUGCAACAAUAGCAGCGGUACGCCGUGCGGAAGGUCGAUUAAGUGAAAACCGACGUGACAGUUUAGUAUUGGUGACGGGAGACCUACCAACUGUGUAUACACCGGCUAUUCAAGAACCACAUACACCACCACCAGCACUCAAAGUACAGAUUUCACAUUCGAGUCUAUCAAGAACUCCUCCACCAAAAUCUCAAAAUACUUUUAUUUCAUGUGAUGUUUCACCGAUACCACGUCCAGUUACUCUCCGUUCUCAAAUAUCCUCUACAUCACGUCAGGGGGGUGUAAAAGAGUCUGUGUCUUUGUCAUUAAGCCCACAGGAAGGACGCUCCACACCGUAUCCUCACGCUUCUUUGACGAAUGUCAGUAAAGAAAUAGAUGAAGAAAUUGCUGAUAAUGAAGAGAAUCAAACAGAGAAUGUUAUGGAUACAAGUGCGCAUAAUACCACUGCACGUUCUCGCUCACGCUCAACAUGUGGAAGAAAGUCUGUGGUGGAACGGUUGAUGGAAAGUUGUCCAUCUGAUGUUCGAGAAGAGGCUGAACAGCUUAUUGCCGCCGAUAUGGUUACAGCAAGUACUCCUUUACGGAACAUGGGUAGUGGACAAAUUUCUGAAAUUUUAACAGAUACUUCUUCAAUUUCGCAGCGUGUGGCAGCACGUCCACGUAAGUAUUAUUACGAUUAUACCUACUGGGAACGUUAUCUACAUGAUUCUACUAAAAAAAGUCUACAAAAGCCGAAGCGAAGAUCCAGUAAAAAGGCGAAAAAGUCAUCUUCACAAGAAGUGAAACCCGAUAGAGAGCGAGAUGAUGUCCAUAUAGAAUUGAAUGUUGGGCAUGAAACCAAAAGAAGAACCACUAACACUACCGCCAGUACUGAUACUGCCACAGUGGCAACAACGGUCCAAGGGACAAGAAAUUCAACACCAAAGAUGCCUCGUUUGACUCCUACAUCCUCCUCACAGUCUUCUAAGAAGAGAAACUCAACCUCAGUGCAGAGAUCAUUAAGGAAUUCCAUUUCUCGUAAGAAUCGUGACAGAAUUAUUCUGCAAAGGAGACGUAUGUCGAGACGUCAUGCAAGGCGAAAGUAA